AGUUGUGCGAAUUGUGAAAUAGAAGUACCUUAAUAGCUAUGACUUCUCAACCCUGAAGCAAAUAGCGGUGUAUCUGUGAUUUCCUGGUUACACAACGUGCUCAACGUGUUGUAAAAUUAACUUCCUGCUUUAAAAGUUGUAUUACCUCGUGACAAAAUGGCUUCAGCUGGAAUUGCUGCUGCAAAAAGAUUAAUUCCUCUUUUCGAUAGAGUUUUAAUUCAAAAAUCAGAGGCAAUCACUCAAACAAAAGGUGGAAUUGUACUACCCGAAAAAGCACAAGCAAAAGUAUUAAAGGGUAGAGUAGUUGCUGUGGGUCCUGGCUCCCGAAAUGAAAAAGGAGAUCACGUUCCAUUGAGCAUUCAAGUUGGUGACACCGUUUUAUUACCUGAAUAUGGAGGCACAAAAGUGACACUCGAUGAAGGCAAGGAAUUUCAUCUUUUCCGUGAAUUGGAUAUUUUGGCAAAAUUAGAAUCUUAAAUUGCUAUUAAUUUGUUAUUAAAAAAAAAAAGAAGAAAGAAAAAGACUUUUUUGUGUAAAGAACAAAUUUUAGAGUCCAUAUAUGAUUUUUGUAAGCGUUUGAUAUUUUUUAUUUCUUAUAAAAUUAACGGACAUGCAUGAAUUCCUGUGUAAAUCAAGAAUCUGUCAUUAAGUUUUUACUAAUAAAUAACCAAAGUUUAUGCAUUUAAAA